AUGGCGGAUCGGGAACCGAAUCUUGAACCCGAACCCGAAGCGACGCCGCCGUCAAGCUCACAUCAACAUCAAGAAGCCGCCGUCACAACCGGUGCCCGAUACUCGGAGCUCCCGGAGCUCUACGCAGUCUUUAACGCGCCCCUCUGGGAGUGUUUCAAACGCAUCGCUCUUGACCUCGAAUAUACCGUAGCCCCGAUCCGACUCAACCCACCGGAAUUUGCAAAACAGCCCAUCACAGACGGUGUCUUUGCGCUCUACUUAGUGCAUGACGCGCCCCUCUCCGAGUAUUUCAAACGCGCCGCCCAUGAGCUCAAACUAACCAUAGUGGCGCAAACGUUUGGGUUGUCAGGGGAACUUGAGGUUGAGGUUAAGGACUACACUCUCUAUUCCGGGCUUCUGGGCACCGCAUUUCUGCUCUUCAAGUCUUACCAGGUCACAGGCAACGCCGCCGAUCUCGUUCACUGCUCCCAGAUUGUGAAAGCUUGCGAUAAUGCUUCUCUUCGUUCUAGGGAUGUCACUUUUCUUUCUGGGCGUGCUGGUGUUUGCGCCCUUGGGGCUGUUGCUGCAUUACACAGUGGUAACGAACGAUUAAUGGAGUACUACAUGCUUCAGUUCCAAAAGAUUGAGGUGCCAAAUGAUUAUGCUGACGAUUUGAAAAUUGGGAGGGCUGGUUUUCUAUGGGCUUGUUUGUUCUUAAACAAACACAUUGGUCAGGAUACAAUUCCUUACCAAUAUACUGCCCGGUUUGUAGAUGAAAUUAUAAAAAAUGGAAGGGCAUUGGGUAGGAAGGGGGUUUGCCCUUUGAUGUUUGAAUCACUCGGAGAGAAGUAUUGGGGUGCUUCGCAUGGAUUGGCUGGGAUUAUGCAUGUUCUUAUGGAUAUGAAGUUGAAGCCAGAUGAGCUUGAGGAUGUUAAGGGAACUCUUAAAUACAUGAUACGUAACCGCCUUCCCAGUGGAAACUAUCCUAUAAGCGAAGUAGAUAGGAAUGAUGUGUUAUUGAACUGGUGUCAUGGAGCUCCUGGAAUAGUCAUCACACUUGUCAAAGCAGCUAAGGUUUUUGGAGAUAAAGAAUUCUUGGAUGCAGCUAUGCAAGCAGCAAAGGUAGUUUGGGAACAAGGUUUGCAUAAGCGAGUUGGGAUUUGCCAUGGUAUUAGCGGGAAUGCUUAUGUUUUCUUGUCACUUUACCAACAUACCGGGGACGUGGAGUACUUAGCCAUGGCUAGAUGUUUUACUUGCUCUUUACUUGAUAGAGCUCAUAAGGAGAUACCUCGAGGUGAAAUGCAUGGAGGUGAUCAACCAUAUUCGUUGUUUGAUGGUAUAGGAGGCUUGGCUUAUCUCUUGUUGGACAUGGUUGAUCCUACCCAGUCUAAAUUUCCAGCCUAUGAACUCUGA